GGGGGAGGAGCAACAGCUGCCAAAUUCGCCAACUAGAGGAGGGAGAGGCGGAGCUUGGGUCCCUGUAGAAGCCAGAGGCGCAGUCUGGACUGUAGUUUCCCGGGAGAGACGAAAGCAGGAACGAGAGCGGAGCGGAGCACAGUCCGCCGAGCACAAGCUCCAGCAUCCCGUCAGGGGUUGCAGGUGUGUGGGAGGUAAGCGUGGGUCCUUCUUCGGGGCGUCUGCACUGCCCUGGAGAAAACGUCUUCCAAUAGGAAUUACAUCAAGACACAGCUAAAAGAGUCCGCCUGGGGUUAGGAAACCGGUGCAAAACCUCUCGGGUGAAAGAUUUACAUUUUUCGACUUUAAGGGCAAAAAAGCAAAAGGAAGCUUGACUCUGGGUAUAAAGGGCGUGGUUAGUGUUUUUGGUUUGAGUUGCACCAGUAAAACUGUUCUGGGAGAUCUGAAGAUUGAGAAAAAUCCUGCUAGUUGAGGACGAGGUGGAUGUUAUCUGGUGGAUGUUAUAGGCUUGAAACUGUUACAAUAUGGCUUUCCUUGGACUCUUCUCUUUGCUGGUUCUGCAAAGUAUGGCUACAGCGGCCACUUUCCCUGAGGAAGCCAUUGCUGACUUGUCAGUGAAUAUGUAUAAUCGUCUUAGAGCCACUGGUGAAGAUGAAAAUAUUCUCUUCUCUCCAUUGAGUAUUGCUCUUGCAAUGGGAAUGAUGGAACUUGGGGCCCAAGGAUCUACCCAGAAAGAAAUCCGCCACUCAAUGGGAUAUGACAGCCUAAAAAAUGGUGAAGAAUUUUCUUUCUUGAAGGAGUUUUCAAACAUGGUAACUGCUAAAGAGAGCCAGUAUGUGAUGAAAAUUGCCAAUUCCUUGUUUGUGCAAAAUGGAUUUCAUGUCAAUGAGGAGUUUUUGCAAAUGAUGAAAAAAUAUUUUAAUGCAGAAGUAAAUCAUGUGGACUUCAGUCAAAAUGUAGCCGUGGCCAACUACAUCAAUAAGUGGGUGGAGAAUAACACAAACAAUCUGGUGAAAGAUUUGGUAUCCCCAAGGGAUUUUGAUGCUGCCACUUAUCUGGCCCUCAUUAAUGCUGUCUAUUUCAAAGGGAACUGGAAGUCACAGUUUAGGCCUGAAAAUACUAGAACCUUUUCUUUCACUAAAGAUGAUGAAAGUGAAGUCCAAAUUCCAAUGAUGUAUCAGCAAGGAGAAUUUUAUUAUGGGGAAUUUAGUGAUGGCUCCAAUGAAGCUGGUGGUAUCUACCAAGUCCUAGAAAUACCAUAUGAAGGAGAUGAAAUAAGCAUGAUGCUGGUGCUGUCCAGACAGGAAGUUCCUCUUGCUACUCUGGAGCCAUUAGUCAAAGCACAGCUGAUUGAAGAAUGGGCAAACUCUGUGAAGAAGCAAAAAGUAGAAGUAUACCUGCCCAGGUUCACAGUGGAACAGGAAAUUGAUUUAAAAGAUGUUUUGAAGGCUCUUGGAAUAACUGAAAUUUUCAUCAAAGAUGCAAAUUUGACAGGCCUCUCUGAUAAUAAGGAGAUUUUUCUUUCCAAAGCAAUUCACAAGUCCUUCCUAGAGGUUAAUGAAGAAGGCUCAGAAGCUGCUGCUGUCUCAGGAAUGAUUGCAAUUAGUAGGAUGGCUGUGCUGUAUCCUCAAGUUAUUGUCGACCAUCCAUUUUUCUUUCUUAUCAGAAACAGGAGAACUGGUACAAUUCUAUUCAUGGGACGAGUCAUGCAUCCUGAAACAAUGAACACAAGUGGACAUGAUUUCGAAGAACUUUAAGUUACUUUAUUUGAAUAACAAGGAAAACAGUAACUAAGCACAUUAUGUUUGCAACUGGUAUAUAUUUAGGAUUUGUGUUUUACAGUAUAUCUUAAGAUAAUAUUUAAAAUAGUUCCAGAUAAAAACAAUAUAUGUAAAUUAUAAGUAACUUGUCAAGGAAUGUUAUCAGUAUUAAGCUAAUGGUCCUGUUAUGUCAUUGUGUUUGUGUGCUGUUGUUUAAAAUAAAAGUACCUAUUGAA